CCUUUACAGAGAGGAAGGAUUGACGACGAAGCCAGCGCUGGGGGCAUAGAGGAGGUGGGAGAGGAGUAUUUCAGGCCUAACAUUUCAUAUUUUUGGAAAUAGACUGCAACAUUGGAAAUAUAACUAGGAUUACUGAUUGAGCAGACCCCAGCGGCCCGGGCCUAAGUCCGCGGUCUUGAGUUCAGUGCUUGGGUGGGCAAGAAGCACGUCAAUUGGGCUCCCAGCAAAGUAACGAAGCUGCUUGAGAUAUCGGAGUUCGUCAUGGGCGACAGUAGAGAUUCCCGCAGCCCUGACAGCUCGUCUGUGUCGUCUCCGCCCCCUGGGCAACGCUCACCCCCAUUGGCUUCCUCAGCUGCUGCCAUGACGUCUCUGCCGCCCAUCACCUCCGCGGUGAACAGCCCGAUCAGCAGCAUGGGCUCACCUUUCUCCGUCAUAAGCUCCUCCAUGGGCUCGCCGUGCAUCCCAGGCACACCCUCCGUAGGCUACGGUCCCAUCAGUAGCCCCCAGAUGAGUAUCUAUACAAGAAGUUCAGAGAUUAACUCCACAGUGUCCAUGUCGGGCCUGCACGCGGUCAGCAGCUCAGACGAUGUUAAGCCCCCCUUCGGUCUCAAGUCUCUGUCAGCCAACAGCCCCGGGGGGCCCAUGCUGUCCCAGAAGCGCCUGUGUGCCAUCUGUGGAGACCGCUCCUCUGGUAAGCACUAUGGCGUGUACAGCUGCGAGGGCUGCAAAGGCUUCUUCAAGCGCACAGUGAGGAAAGACCUGAGCUACACCUGCCGCGACAACAAGGACUGCAUGGUGGACAAGCGCCAGCGCAACCGCUGCCAGUACUGCCGCUACCAGAAGUGCCUGGCCAUGGGCAUGAAGAGAGAAGUGGUCCAAGAUGAACGGCAGCGAUCAGUACAGGAGGAGCGUCAGAGGAAUAAGGAGCGUGAAGCAGGAGAUGUGGAGUCCACCACCGCCGCCAACGAGGAGAUGCCCGUGGAGAAGAUUCUGGAGGCCGAGAUGGCGGUCGAACAGAAGACUGAGCUGCAGGCCGACGGGAGUUCUGGGGGCAGUUCUCCCAACGACCCUGUCACCAAUAUCUGCCAGGCGGCUGACAAGCAGCUCUUCACGCUGGUGGAGUGGGCCAAGCGGAUCCCCCACUUCUCCGAACUGGCCCUGGACGACCAGGUCAUCCUCCUACGUGCCGGUUGGAACGAGCUCCUGAUUGCCUCCUUCUCUCACCGCUCCAUCUCUGUGAAGGACGGCAUCCUGCUGGCCACGGGCCUCCACGUGCACAGGAACAGUGCCCACAGCGCUGGCGUAGGGGCCAUCUUCGACAGGGAGAAUGCGCACAAUGCUGAGGUUCGGGCCAUAUUCGACAGGGUGCUCACGGAGCUGGUGAGUAAGAUGCGUGACAUGCAGAUGGACAAGACCGAGCUGGGCUGCCUGCGCGCCAUCAUCCUCUUCAACCCAGAUGCUAAAGGCUUGUCCAACCCCAGUGAAGUAGAGUUGCUGAGAGAGAAAGUGUAUGCCUCCCUGGAGGCCUACUGUAAACAGAGAUACCCUGAGCAGCAGGGCAGGUUUGCUAAGCUCCUCCUCCGACUGCCAGCGCUGCGCUCCAUUGGUCUGAAGUGUCUGGAGCACCUGUUCUUCUUUAAGCUGAUUGGUGACACCCCCAUCGACACCUUCCUGAUGGAGAUGCUGGAGGCUCCCCACCAGCUCACUUAAGCUGGCCUGGCCUGGCCCGGCACCAUCCUCCCUCUCACCAGGGCCGCCUGGCACCCUGCCCGCCCGUGGACCUCACCGAGGCCGCUGGUUAAAAGAGUUCCUCUCACAUCCUCUUCCCCUCCUCUCUUCUAUCCUUCCCUCUCUGCAUCCCUUUGUCAUCCGUCUCUCUCUCUCUCUCUCUCUCUCUCUUAUCUCCCCUAAAUUGGUAUUACCCUAGAGAAAGACCCACCACUGUCAAAAGAUUAUAAGCUGUUAAAAAAAAAAAAAAAAAUCACUUUGGUUUCCUCCUGAACUAUGAAAUAGUAUGUGAAGUUAUUACACACAGAAAUAAAAAUUCUUUAUUUUAAUUAUUUUUGAGAAUGUACCAAUAGUUCCACAACCUUUAGAUUAACUGUGAGGAGAUUGCUGGACAAAUCCAGCCUCCUGUAGCGUCGGUGUGUUACACAAGCAAAAAAAAAAAAAAAUCACCAAUCCUUUUCUUUCUUUUUCUUUCCUUUCUGGACGGUUUGUCGGCCUUUUGGCGUAACCCCCAAAGCCCUGCUCUCAAGGGGGCAUGCAAUUAUCAUUGGACUAUCACGUGACCCCCCCUCCCCCUUUGAACUCCUAUUGGCUGGGGCACAUCUGACGCUGACAGGCCCGCCCCGGCCGCUCUCGAAUCUGGAUUUGACCAGAACGUGAUCGCUGCGUGCGCGCAAUGUUCAGGCUUUAACUUUGAAUGAAUAUUUUCUAAGUACUGUACUCAUGAAAUGAGGCAAAACCUGUUUUUAAAGGCAGUGAAAAAGAUUCAGGGUUGCGCUUUGGUUGACCCCAUACAAAACGCAAAGCUAGGGUUUUUGACUUGAGUGUUUGGACAUGGGGUGCUAUUUAGGAUUAUUUUUAAAGGCAGGAUUGGGCGGGAUACAUCUUGUUCUGUUUUUUUGUUUGUUUGUUUUUUUUUUUUUUUUUCUUAAUUGAGCCUUCUUACCGAGAGCCAUGUUUCUUCCUCGCACUAUGUGUAAGCUUAGUCUCCCAUGACCAUGUACAGUUCUCCACACACGUUGUGUUUCAGUUUCCACCAACAACAACAACAAUAACAACAACAACAACAAUUAUGUGCUCAAUCCACAGGAAACAGAUGCACCUAAUAGAGAACCCAUGCUCCUGACCUUCGACACUGUAAUCCCCAAACUGCCAUUUCUUCCGUGAUUCUGUGACGCGUCGCAUCACACUUGGUUCUGUGUUAACUCAUUGACAGGAGAUAAUUUCCUCCGUGAAGACUUUACUGUUGCAACACAAACUGUAGAGGAACCAAGCUCCUCACAUAUGGAGACAUCCUUGCCUGCAUGCUAAAACGGCGUUGUACAUUUUGCCGUUUCAGAACAAAUUCUAACUUUCUGUUCCAGGACGGAGCAGUCUGGCUGCCACGUUGGACGGAGUUGUAUUGCGGGACACUUUUGGUUGCUCGAAACAUUCCAUUUCGAUGGGUGCAUUUCUCUUGAUUGGCCCCACGUGUGACCCUAUGUUAGCGCUGUGCCAGGUUAGCUUCUACGACAGCUUGCAGCCCCUCACCUUGUAGCAUAGCCAGCAUAUCCUGAGAACCAACUCCACUUCGUCCUCAGCCUGUAGGAUAGGAGGCCAGUGGUGUUUCUUUCCCUGGCGCAGCUGUGGUUUAUUCCGUCAGUCAUCACACCUGGGUCGGGUGAUCUCUUAAACCUCUUCCCAUCACAGUAAGGCAAGACCAUCAGCAACCACUGUCUAUGCAGUAGGAGUAGACAAUAUUCACAUACAUGAUGGUGCAUGUUGUUUUGCACCAAAUACAGUAAAUAGAUAUACAGUUUCAAUAUAUGCAAACAAAUGGAGACACAGUUGUUCUCUGCACACUAGUCCCAAUAGACUGGCUUUUGUGCUUUAUGUUCUUAAGUGGUUGAGAUAUAAAGACGGUAGUCGGAGACCAGCUCCGUCAAAUCAGUUGACUCCCCUCACAGAUUUUACAGACCCGUCUUGGAGUGCUGGUGCUUUUUUAUAGCACAGGCUAGAUCGCCGAAAGGCAAAAUGGUUGUAUCCAGGUUGUUCAAAGAUACGUCAAAAUCUUUGAGACUAGUAGAGCUGAACGUUGAUGGAGAAGAAAAAGGUUAGCCAUGGGGUUGUUUUGGUGCUAACUCCAAAAACAAGUAGGAAAACGUGUAUUAUGAUUACACACUUGCACGCACUAACACACGUUCACACACUUUCAUAUUGUAUGCAAGUAAACAGUCAGACUCAGGCUGUCGCCAUGGUAAUCGCAACUUCUACUUACAAAUAGUCGAAGGCCUACGUCUUAUCACUGGAAAGGUGUGUGGGGAGGUCUUGCUGGCCCUUUAGGUAUUGAAUGCAAGAGGCAGAUUUCAUUAUGUGCAUUAGCUAGAUUGGUGUUUUGCAGUUCUAAAGCUUUGAAGGCAAAUGCCCCAGUGUUGUAAUUCACAGGCGAAAAGAGGCAUUUGUGAUGGUGUGUGGUUGGGCUUUGAUGUAGGUUCGUCUGGUAGUCUGAGGCUGUGAAUGUAUAGGGGAGGCCGGCAGCAACUUACUCUUGCAUCGCGCGCUUUAGUAUCUCGACUUGUCUGAUGUCCCCAGCCGCCCCCCGGGUGAUCUGUGUUUCAGGAAUUCUCAUUCACUGAAAAAAGCUAUCCCACUGUUGUAUGGCACACCACUGUUUAAAAUGGGUUACAUUCGGGUUGGUAGUUGUGCUUGGGGCAGGUUGGGCACCACCCUACUCAGUGAGAGGGAGGUCCUGAAACAGGUGUUGUCCUUUCCUGUUGUCACAGUAAACUGGAUCCAGCAUUACCCUCAGUGUGUGUGAUGGGGAAGCUACCCUGAAAUCCAUCUGAAGUUACAGGAGAGAUUUUAUGAACUGGGAAAGGCUCUUUUUUUUUUUUGUUUGUUUGUUUGUAUGUAUGUAUUUUUGUAUGUUUGUUUGUUUGAUUGAUUUGUUAUUAGUUUUUACCAGUGGGUACUCUGUCAUGAGUGUGCUUUUUCCAGUAAUUAGUGUGCUUUUAUCUGUGUAGAACCAGUUUGUACGACGUAUGUUGAGCGUAGGUGUUUUGGGGGUGGCACUCGGGGAGGGCGGAUUUCGUUUGGUAAGAGGACAGGAAGAAAAGACGCUCACCAGUUGAUGAUGUCGGCUCAGACCAGCCUCCCCUACUUUAUUGUGGUGCCCCCUGUUGGUGGGUGAUGUUGCGCCGCGAGGACUGCGAGGUAUCCUCGAGCUUGAGGUCUAUGCACAGAGACUUGCCAUCCAACCUCACCCCCUCUUCCGCGUACGCAUACAUCUUGAUAUUUAUACGUUUUUAAUCAUGUUUCGAAGAAGAAUUCAAAAGAUCGGUCAGAAACGCCAGGCUCGUUAAUGUGACGCUAUGCUUAUUUAUGGAGCCGGAGCACCCAACGAACAAAAAAAUCCCACUUGUUUUGUUUUAUUUUUUUUUCUAUCCUACCCAACGCUCUCAUUUACCUUACAGGACAACAACACUGCCAAAACAGGUGAAGAAUAGGGGUUUUUUUUUCUAGGAGGAGUGGGAAGGGUCAAACCAUAAGCUUGCUUGUAUCUAAGGGCCUGGCUCUGCAGCUGAGUCACGUCCACACACCCCGCCUCUGUAGAUGUGAAGCUGCAUAACGCAGAGAGAGAUAGAGAGAGGUCAGAGGUUAUGGAGAUUCAGGUGGAAGAGAGCUCCAACUGGUGCCCUCUCUUCCGAAUACCCUGGGUGCUUUUUUGUUUUGUGUUUUUCUCCCUUUUCUUUUUGUUCCUCUCCUCUGCAGAAUGCCAGAAGAGCUGGGCGCCCUGGCCUGUGAGAAUAUGCACGACAUUGCGGACCCACACCACCCAUGCCAAGGUGAAGCAUUUGAGGUGGUGGCCGGGAUCCUACCUGUCUUGACUUGUGUCUGUCAAAAACGAAACAAACAAAAAAAAAAAAGUGUGUGAGAGUGUGUUUACGUGCACCAGCGACGGGGCGCACUAUGCCCAGAGGGUGUUGGACUCUUGUCUCAAAAGAAAAAAAGAGAAGAAAAGAAUAAAAAGAAAAGAAAACUGUGUAUAUGAAUAAUUCUAUUCAGAGCCCAUAGGCGCACUGGAGAGCCACACCUCUGAGGGGUGUCCCCUCGCCGGGAAUGAACUUGAGAGGGGCGGGGCAGAAGAGCCCCACCCCAUAAUGGGCGUGGUUUAUCUUUUCAGAGACAAAGAUCGAUACACCUUAUUAUUGGCGAAGGGUGGGACUGAAACUUGAGCAGGUAUUGAUAGUUUAAUGUUAAUUGAAUAAGAAAAAACAUUUCUUGUUUUUUUUUUUUUUUGGUUUUUCUUUAGCCAUAGUGAUUUUUCUUCUCUUUUGACUCUCACAACAAAAAAAAAUAAGAAAGGAAAAAAAAAAUCGACACUGCUUCUCUGUCUGUCCGGCGGCUUCCACUGCCCAUGCUUUCACAUCGGUGUGUAUCCAGGAGUAUUAAGCAUACGCAAGAAACCCUUAAGUCCAGUGGGAGAAUCGCUCCUCUUUCUGUUUCUCUUUUUUUUUGUCCACUUCGUAUAUCUCUCGGACUCCAGCAUAAAUGUGGAAAUGAUUGAAUAUUUUUGUGUGUUUUGGGGAAAGAACGUGAAAAGAAUUGAUUUAUCUUUUUUUGUCAUUAAUUCUGAAACUGUUUCUGUUUGAUGUAUCAUGUCUGAGUAAAGAUUUUAAUACAGUA